AUGGAUGGUCAUUCCCCAACCUGUUCGGCUCGCCCCGAACGCAGAAACGAGACGCGUCCGGAAGUGGCCCAAGAUGAGACACAGAUUAAUACUCAGCCGCCAACUAUUAUUGAUCAUCGGGCGGUACGAGUUUCAGGACUACUCCGUACUGCCGCGGAUAUCUGCGCAAAUGUGGGUGAUAUCAAACCAUGGAUGAUAGGGUUCCUCCUUUCGGCAAAAGUCAAUGACAAUAAUAAAGGACGUACACGAGCAGCUGACAGGAUGUACAGAAAAGAAAAGAAAGCCAAAUCAACAGCCGCCUGCGCCUGCAUGGGUCCUUGGCCAACGGCGCCCUAUCAUCUCGAAACCGAGUCAUCGCAGUGGCUGCAAACCGUACUUUUCUGGGCUCGUAGAAGAACACAGAAACGGUGCGCCCAAUUUCAUGGUUCGGUCCAUACACGGAACAUUACGGCCGGGCGGAGUAUGACGGCAGAGAAGGGGGUAGAGGAACCUGGAAAAGGCGCAGGCGAGAGUUGGUGGUGCCCUUUCGCGGAUUGGACGGGUGGUAAUACUACCACCACUACGGACGACGGACUACUCACCCUCAUCCAUCGCCCCGGGGGGCGGUGGAUAAGGUAUGGUAUGUUACUAUGUGGCACUGUCCGCAGCAAUUCUCCAGGCUCAAACCAUUCAGAGUGGAAAGGCUCAGGCCCACAGUGA